AUCAUCAGUAUUGUUGAUCUCAUAAGAGACAGAGCAUCUGCUUCUAAGAGACUGUCCUACACUGGAUUACAGAUUAAAUGAAUGGAGUUAUACAAGUUGAUAAAAGUGGCAAUGUACAGUAGCAUCACACUGGUGGGUGUAACAGGAAAUGUUGUCAUCCUUGCUGCCUUUGUUGUGAUGGUUCACCGAGAGCACAAGCUUGUAGGCUCUGAGCUUAUAUUAUGUCACCUUUCUUUAGCCAACCUCCUUGGAUACCUUACCAGAAUCUUCCCCAGCAUCCUCUUUGAGAUCGGAGUCAAGGGAUAUAUUAAUGAUGCUGGUUGCAAAGUGACAUCUGCAAUCUUCAGAAUAUUCCGUGGCAUGGCCAUUAGCCUCACUUGUCUGCUCAGUUGCUUCCAAGCAACCAUUCUAAGCUCAGCUGGCACCAGUUCUUCCUUGAAGAUUAAAAUACAAGACAGUAUGCAGCCAGCUAUCUGCAUCCUCUACGUGAUGAGCGUAAUAGUCAAUACACCUUUUGGCAUGUAUGCCACUGAGGCCUUCAACUACACAAGUGUCAAGUAUGCCUACGGCCCAGGUUAUUGUAUUGUAGUCUACCCCGACCAAGUCUCCUUUGCUGCUUCUGGGUUUGUUAGCUUUGCCCUUGAUUUGGUUUUGGUAGUGUUAAUGGCACUUGCUAGUUGUUACAUCCUGUUUAUUCUUCACCGACACAGUAAGCAAGUGAAGGCUCUUAGAAGUGCUAAUACAAACAAGGGGCAAGUUUCUGCUGAGGGUCAGGCAGCCCGUGCUGUAGUAACACUGGUAACUUUUUAUGCCACUCUGUAUGGAAUUGAUAACACCAUCUGGCUCUACCAAACCAUUUCUACCCAUCUCAUAGCUUUGGUGUCGGACAUCAGAGUUUUUUUCAGCAUGGGUUAUGGUUCAGUCUGCCCAUUUGUGCUCAUUAUAUUUAACAGGAAAAUAAGAAGCAAACUAAAUCCUUGGGUUAAAGAAUAA